GACUUUCCGACCUGAAGCUCGCCGACGUCGUGAUUUGACCUCGUUUUUUUCGCCGAGUUCCCAGUUGUCUUGAAAGCACCACAAGAGGCGGAUGUUGAGUAGAUUAAUGAUAAACAGACGAGCUAACGGUUGCCAUCAUUUGACUUCCCUACAAACAGGCUUGUGAUAUAGCUGUCGUCAUCACCUAAUUCCAAUUGUGUGGAAGAGACAACACAUCAGGCUGUUGGACCUGACGGAAGAGCAGGCUCUGUAGGUGGAAACUCCCCACUGUCAUCAGCAGACUGGCUGAGUGAGUCCAAGGCCAGUGGUGAGUGGAGCUUAUACCCCAGGCCCCCCCCAUCCAAAGGUCCAGUCAGCAUGUCCAGCGACCCCCCUCCUCCCUACCCCGGAGGUCCCAGCCCCCCUCUUAUCAAGGAGAAGAAUGGACAGCCAGCCAUUCCGGGCUCGGCGGUCCCUGUAUCGACGGGUCCUCCUCAGGGACACCCCCUGCCUCCAGACUAUGGCCCUCCACCCUAUGAGGCCACGCUACAGCCAGGCUUCUUGCCGCCACACGUCCCAGGAGAUGGGGCCAUGCCCAUACCACAUGGUGGCUUCUACCCUCCGCCAGGUCACUUUGGCCCGGGGCAGUUUGGCCCGGGGCAGUUUGGCCCGGGGCCCAUUCAAUUUGGGCCUGUGGCAGGUCAGACGGCUCACACGGUGCUGGUACCCCCUGGGACAGCUACCACAGUGACCGUGCUACAGGGGGAGAUAUUCCAGACAGCACCCGUACAGACUGUGUGUCACCACUGCCAGCAGCCCAUCAUCACCCGCAUCAACCACAGCGUGGGCCUCAUGAACGCUGUCUUCUGCCUCUUCUGCUUCUUUGUUGGCAUACCACCAUGCAUACCACUGCUGGCUUGCUUCUGAAGCUCAGCAGGGUUGGUCCUGGUCAGUUCCUGGAUGGGAGACCAGAUGCUGCUGGAAGUGGUGUUGGAGGGCCAGUAGGAGGCACUCUUUCCUCUGGUCUAAACAAUAUCCCAAUGCCCCAGGGCAGUGAUUGGGGACACUGCCCUGUGUUGGGUGCCGUCUUUCGGAUGGGACGUUAAACGGGUAUCCUGACUCUCUGCGGUCAUUAAAGAUCCCAUGGCACUUAUCGUAAGAGUAGGGGUGUUAACCCCGGUGUCCUGCGCUUAUUCCCAAUCUGGCUAGAAAGCAGACUGAACCAGGUUUUCCUCUAGGAUUUUGCCUAUGCUUAGCUCCAUUCUGUUUAUUUUUAUCCUGAAACUCCCCGGUCCUUAAUGACUACAAGAAUACCCAUAACAUGAUGGACCACCACUAUGCUUGAAAAUAUGGAGAGUGGUACACAGUAACUUUUUUUUCUUAAACACAAAGUGUUAAUUGUUUUGCCACAUUUUUGCAGUAUUACUUUAGUGCCUUGUUGCAAACAGUAUGCAUGUUUUGGAAUAUUUUUUUAUUCUGUACAGGCUUCCUCUUUUUCACUGUGUCAAUUAGGUCAGUAUUGUGGAGUAACUACAAUGUUGUUGCUCCAUCCUCAUCCUCUAACUGUUUUAAUGUCACCAUUUGCUUCAUGGUGAAAUCCCUGAGCGGUUUCCUUCCUCUCCGGCAAUUGAGUUAGGAAGGACGCCUAUAUCUUUAUAGUGACUGGGUGUGUUGAUGCACCAUCCAAAGUGUAAUUAAUAACUUCACCAUGCUCAAAGGAAUAUUUAAUGUCUACUUUUUUUUGGACCCAUCUACCAAUAGGUGCCCUUCUUUGAGAGCCAUUGGAAAACCUCCCUGGUCUUUGUGUUUGAAAUUCACUGCUCGACUGAGGGACCAUACAAUUAUCUGUAUGUGUGGGCAGUGGCGAUUUUAGCAUGUAAAUCUUGGUGGAUAAAAAAAAAAAUGAGGGGGGGGUGCAAGCCAGCAUCGCCACAACACUAAACAAUAAAUUAAUUGCACUAUAACGGUGACAAAUGGUGUCCACAAACUGUUAGGGCCUACAUAAAGCUGUCCUAACAGCAGAGUCCCAACAGCAGUCCCAACACCUUAACACUGCUACACCUGGCUACCAGCGGAGCCUUGUCUGGCAGCGAAACAGCUCAUUCAGCCUCAUUUACUGCCUUUAAAAAAAACAUAGCUGUUUUGGCUGACUUGCUUAAACAAAUGUGGUUUCUACUGACAAAUAUGAUAUACAAACUGUGGUAUAAGGGUACGAUAAGCGGAUAAGAGACCAUCCGUAAUUUCGAUUAA